UGCCGUCGUAUUCAUCAUCCAACAGCUCUAUUUUGAUUAGUUUUGCUUUACAUCCUGGAUCAGACACAAGUUUCUCUGGGAAAUGUUCCCCCUUUGAUUUUUUUAGGACCUUAAUAGGGGUUAAACCCUUCUUAUUUAAGUCUGCCAGAUAUUUGAUCGUUGGCAUUUCUUCUUCAAACCAGCAUUAGGCUGCUGUUCCUCCCAUCAUAACACAAUGCUUUCUCCCUUGUAGGUAGAAGAUUGCUGAAAGAAUUUUUCUGUAGCUGUUACCACAUACUUUAAAAUAGAUUGACAUAGUAAGCUGCUUGUUUUCUUCUGGAUCUAAUUUGCCUUCAUUUGUCAGUACUGGAGCAUUGCCAUUUUCAGCCUCCCAUUGUACAAGUAGGUUCUCAUAGUCGGGAUCUUGGCCUAAAUGAUCGUAGUAUCGUUUAUCAAACGCAUUCAGCCAAUAUUCCAUUUCCUCUCUAUUUGGCAGGUAUACUGACAGCCCACCUUUGAAGUUUUUUACCUUUAUGUCUGUAGAGUUUGGUUUCUUCUUUCCCUUUCUCUUCAUUUUUGCCAUUUAUUACUGCUGAAAGUUUUUCCCGUCGGGGCCAGUUAGUUAGGCCACAAUCCACUUUUCUUUGUUCUUUACUGUUUCAAAGUGGCUUAGUUUAAAAUACACGGUUCAGGCAGUUGUACUUUCUUGUAUACCUUGCAAAAUUCUACUGUUUUAGUCGAAUUGCCCAAACUGGUAAUGGGCCUAAGUUAGGCCUAACCUUAUCACUGAAAACAAGAUUCUCUGCCCUUUUUUGCUGUUUUCACGUCAUCAGAGUUCAUCCUUGCUUAUUGUUCCAGCAGAUGACUAGUUUUAAUCACAUGGCCACUCUGCAUUCCAGUUAUAUUCAUAGAAAUAUGAACUCAAAUUCCUUAUCAAGAAAAAACGCCUGCUCGCUUCAACAACAACAACAACAACAACAAUGGGAACCCCUACUCCGUAAUGAAAGAGGAUUCCAGCCCAUUACACAGUGACCACCACCCAGAUCUAAAAUCAGCAACGUCGCCAAGAACGUCCAGAGGUUCAAAGCAGCUAAUGAAAAGGAAUCGCCAAGGAGCUGCUGAUUCAGAUGCAACAAAUGAGAUGCAGGACCUUCAAGACAAAAAGGCAAACGGAGAUUGUCGAACCUAGAUGUAACUGAUGCCAUUAUUGGAAAAAAGCCACUAUUGCUCAUUUCUUUGGUGUGGAAAAUGAAAGACGCGGCAGCUACCAUAGCCAGAAGCCAAGCUUCUAGAAUUAGCAGAAUUUAAACUGCCCUUGCUGGUCAAUGUACCCCCGACUGCCAAGGCCAAUGGCUUAUGUGUGCCAAACAGGUUUUGAGAAACAAUGGCGUGAACGUAUAUGUGUUUGCAGCAGCCGUUAGAGAAUUGUUGAUAAAAGAAAGGGAAAAUACCGCAAUGUGAUGAUAGUAGGACCUGCAAAUUGUGGCAUUCCAAAUUGUCCUCGCUACUUUGCAGAACUGAUAAUGAACGGCAGCAAUGUCUAAUUACAUAUUCAUAUACAUAUUCUUAUUUGAAAAUUUUCAAAUUACACAUAACAAAUACACUGAUUCUAGAAAAAUAUCGACUUUAUGAUGGAAACAAGAGAGGGACCAUCUCAAGUCCAACUGGCAUUUGCAUUGGACCUCAUCUAUACUGAUAACAGAUUCUCCCCAAGGGAAAGUUUUAUGGCAAGGCUCCAUUGUCAAAGCCUCUGAGCAUCGAGUUUAAGGAUGGCAUUGUCUACAUAGCUGAGCACGUUAAAGGGUGCAUUUCUUUUGUUGACAUUACUGGAAAAACAAUUUUAGACCCUGCAAUAUUAACAGCAAAAGAAACAAGGAAAGUACUUAAAGAUUUAAAACUAUUGCCUGUUAGACAUAACAAAAUGAAGAGACGUGAAUUUGCCCUUUUUCUGGAAAAGUUGAUCAUGAAGCAAGAUAAAUGUGCCAAGCAAAUAAAGGAAUCGAUCCUCUGGAAAUGCAAGUGGAAAUGAAUCUGAAGGUAACAAUAUGAAGAAAAUUCAAUUAGACAAAGAUAUUAAACGACCAGCUGCAUUGCUGUUUUGUGAGGAUGGUGUUUUGAUGAUUAGUGAUACAGCAACAAAUAGUGUUGUAGCUGUGAAGCUUAUUGUCAAUGGUGUAUCAUUUAAAGGUUCAGUAAUUGGUAAAAUUGGUGGACUUCCAAGUGUGUAUGGAAUGGCAUAUGAUAAUGGUACAAUCUAUGUGGCCUCUGCACAUCCAGAAAAUGGUGGAAUAUUUUUCUUUAAAGAAGACCUGCAACCCUAAAAUAAUUUAUGUUUGAAGAUACAAAAUAAAUACGCUGAUUUCGAAUUUCGAGUUAAAAUUGCCACAAAUUUAGUAGUUUUCGAGUUAUUUAGGCUGAAAGUUGCUUAUUUAGCCCUCUGGCGGCCAUUUUUAUCGAUGAACGGGCAUGACCGCGAGAGUCUCGCAUAUAGGUUUUAUGUCAGAGGUGAACAUUGAUUGGAAUGCACUUUUCCGGUGCUUCAUCGAUCCAGAAAGAUUGUUUAGAGAUUAUUCUUGGAUCGAACAAAAAUGACAAGCAGUGAGGGGGACAGCGAGUAUGGAAUGGUAAAUACGGACAAAAUGGUGAUUCGACCAUAUAUGUACGAACCAUUGCCGAGAGAGAGGAGACUCAGUGAAGACAAGAGCAGCAGUAAUGACGACGAUGAGGAGGAUUUGAACAUUGAAAGAAUCGGCAAUACUGAUUGGUGUGAUUGUGGUCAUUGCGUUUCGAUGCCCAAAGGCGUGGAAUGCCUCUGUUGCAGACAGGGAGCUUUAACUCUGCAGAAAGCCAAUGAAGCUAACUGUGGGUGUAUAACCCAAAUUGAUGGCUUCACUCCAGUUUGCUUAAAUCCCGAUGUUGUUGUGACUGCUAUAAAUCAGUAUAUUGAAGAUGAGCAGUUCAUUGAUGAUCAUCCAACAAGCGAUUUAAACACACUUGGAAGGAGGUAUGCAUGCUGGAUCAAGGAAUAAAGGCGUUCAGAAAUGGAGCAUAUAUUCAUGUGCCUGAAAAGGGUUAACACUUUAGCUGGUUGAGAACCAUAAAAGAGAAUGGAAGCAGCCAAGAGAAUGUUUCCCCAUGGCAUUUUGUUAUGCUCAGGUUGAGUCCUCCAUUCAGUUGAGUGACCCUCUAAACAUAUCGAUUUAACAAUUAACAUUGUACCACAAGUUGUUUUCUUCUCAAUCAUUGUUUGUGCAGAGCAAAUGUUGCAGCUGAUGAGAAGUUGCUGAAGCGAAGAUUAAAAAACAAUAAACUUUCUUUCCUGGUGGUAUGACUGUGGAUUUUGCUCAUAUGUCUUCAUACUCAUAAUCUGAUUUCUCAUCGUUCUCUGGCAACCAUUCUGGGUCUUCUUUUUCUGAUGUUGAAUAAUGGUCCUGGUUGUUUGGACUUUUAAGCAAAUCAGCAAUAGCUAAAUCAACAUUAAAAGGGGGCUCAUAUUGUGUUUCCUGGCCAACAAUUUCAAUUUUCUGCAUGCAACAUUGUGUUUGUUUGUUGUCCCCACAAAACGAGACUUGGAUAGCUGAAAAAUGGUCAUUUACCAUCAAUUAUUAAAGGGACUACUUACAAAAACUGAAAAGGUUUUAUAUUUAUUUAUCCCAACCACCAUGGGGGGGGGGGGGUCGCUUGAUUAGAAAGUGAUCAGAAAAAUUUGGGUGUGCAGAAAAAUUUGCAACCUGACCCUGUCACAUUAAAAGUAUUCCAAAUACAUACCCUGUUUCAUAAAUAAGUGCAAAAAUAUGGCACAAAAAUGCUAAAAUAUACAAAGACACACGGUUUAUGGGAGCAGAUUAUUGAAAUAAUUUUAAUUUUGAUACCCUGUCCCAGAGCUCUGAUGCAAUUCAUGAGACCCUACCCCCAAAUUAUAAUCAUAAAAGUAUAAAUUCAUUAAGAUCUUACAACAAAAGAAGUUUGCUCACAUCUUGUUUUAGUCAACGUUUUUUAAUUUUUUUUUCCUUUUCCCGGUAUCGCCACCUUGAUAGCUUGUUUCAGAACUUAAAAUCGUUUGAAGCAAGUUGUUUUCGUCAUUAUCACUAUUGUUUCGGUUGAGCUUUACAUUUUCGGUUGGUUCUGACACUGUGCUUGCGAUGACAGCUGUUUGGGGGUCUUUGUAUUUUUGGAGUAGAUUUUCUAUAACCUUAAGUAUUAAGAAAUAUUGAAUUCAAAACAAAAUCAUUUCUGAUGCAGUAUACGUAUAUGGUAAACAGAGAUGCAAAACUAGUAAGCUAAAGGGGACGCAUCCCCUUGUUAAUGUUAAAAAGUCUCUUUUUGGCUUAUUGUUAAUGUUUCCUGGCCGCUAAUGCGUCUCUUUGUAAAUGGCAAAUAAAUUACACUUGUUAUGUAAUACAGGCGCUGAAUUCUGUAAAGAAGAUUAAACAAAUGUCCCUACUCACUUCUCUACGUUGUCGUUUUUCAUACGCUUCUCUUCGUUUUUUCUUUGGGCACCCGGUAAUCAAUUUUCUUGGACUUAGCGAUGGCCUAGCUUUAAAAGGUGUCCUAGCCUUCACCAGCUUUUUUCCUUUUGGGGAUCCUCUGUCGAAUAUAGUAGGCACUGCAUCAUCUUUUAAUAAUAAACGUUCAUUUUCGAAACCAAGGGACCUCAGGAGAUCUGGACUUCGCUGGUAACUGUCGUUGGAAAAAUGUUCUUGACAAAGACGAGAGUGCGGUUCCAGAUUGAAAUUUGCUAAAGGCAUGUUUUCAAUCCAUUUUUUUCUUAAUUUCAAGUCUUCCGGAAACUUGUGAAAUGUAAUUUUCUUUUCAGGUUCGUUUCUGAUUCUAUUACUGCUGUUGUUGAAACAGUUUUAAGCUGCACAACCCACCAUCUUUAGGACGUUUGGCUGGUUUUGCUGACUGCGAUUGAAAUCUCAAUGUUCACCUCUGACAUCAUAAGCGUGGGCGGGGGAAGAUUUCUCCCACGAGGUUAUAAUCAAACAUUUUGAGAGUCAAAAGCGAAGAAAAAUUUAUUUCUCAAAAAAAUAAUUAUCAUUUUCAUCUUGUUCAGGUCAUAAGCUUUCAAUAAAGUAUAAGUUUACUUGACUUUGCAGGUCUCCAUUAACUACCAAAAAAUGGCUGCUGGUAAUGCUUGAGUGGAAACCGUGAUUAGCAAUGAAAGUCUAGAUAACCACUCAGUUCAUGGUCUUGCUUUAUGUAGAAACGAUCUAAUUUUUCUGAUAUCAAAGCAAAGGUUGUUCGUAAGAUGUGUUUGUUUAGCAAAUUUGUUGAAAUAAUCAGUGGUAAGCUAAGAAAGGAGGGAGUUGGUGAUGGGUCAGCAGGAGAGUAUCGCCAACCGACAGCUCUUUGCAGUGAACUGAGAAAAGGUUUUGUGUGCGAUACUGCAGCAAAAAUGUUAAAAAUGGUUGUUAAUUCACAUUGGCUUGUUCAGUACUAAGAAAAGUUGGAGCUUCUUCUUUUUACAGACGUGGACAUGACGCUUAGGGUUGAUUUUGUUGGACGAUCCUUUAGCACGCUUGGAAAGCAUCAAUGAUUUUCUGAAAAAGUGUGUGACAGAGGUUUGCAAUAUUACAAUGGAGUCUCGCGACCUUCAAGGCCCUGAUGAUGUAAAUUCAAAACAUGGUCAAAGCGUAAGACAAUUAACAGUAAGGAAUCUUCAACCAAGGACAACGUACAUUGCCUCUAAAUUGUUACACAGCAAGACCCUAUACACCACACGCGUUGGAUUUUUCCAAUUUGUUCAUUAGAGAAGAUGAGGAAAGUCCUGUAACAUCUUUACAAACAGAGGAUGUCCUGCACAGGGAAAGAAGUAUAGGGAUAAUAAAGAAGAGAACUUCUAUCUUAGCCAGAGCAGGAGAUACAUCCAAAUUUUUCCUUGUGAUUAAUGACAAAAGAAAUUACGGCAAAUGACUUAGUAGUUGCAGUCACAAUAUUUUGUCGGUAUCCAUUUUUACCGCUACAAUUCUAUCAAUUUGAAAGAACAAAUUUAGAACUGGAAAGAAUUAUUACAUUUUUGGAAGAUGGUACCUUCAAACUGAGUGAUGAAGAAGUAGUCUUGUCAGAGGACUGCUUUGAAUGUAUGUUGGUGGUUACUUCAGAUUUAGGGGACACAGCGUGGUUGGCAGAAGAAUUAGAUCAUGCUGAUUGUCAAACAAAAGAAGCUGUAGAUGAACAAAGUGUGACUGCCACGGAAUCAAAGUGCAGAAGAAGCAAAAGAAACGAUCAGUCGGACUUUUUGUAAUAUUGAACAUUGAAAAACAAAGAAACAUUAAUGUCUAGGCACUAGCGAAAUGUCUGUUGAAUUUAUUCAAAUUAUAUAUGCUUAUCUAUUCUCCACUACUGUGGCCUUCUGUCAAAAGUUGGUUCUGAAGACUAUUUCAAAAAACGAAAAGAAAGUAGCUUGGUAUAUAGACAGGAUAGUGUCAGACUUCAGAAAUGAUUGAUAGUGACUGAGAUAGCUGUCUGAGCCAGGGCUGUCAAAAAUAUUUCUUGAAGAUCCUAUUUGAUAAAAAGCUGUUACAAAAUGGUAAAGUAUCUUAUUUCGUUUUUUAAAAAUAUUUUCGCAUUGGCUUAUAUGGGAUCUUUGGAAAUAAAAGAAGAUAUCCUGACCCCCUUACUUUGUAAUCCAUCUUCUGAACUUCUCCUCGUUAUACCUUAGAGUGAGAAUCAAAUAUGUGCCUUUCUUGGUAUUAAAAGGGAGUGAUGAAUGUAAUUUUUGAUGUGGGGGCAGAAAUAGUACAUUUGAAAUAUUUGGUGUAAAAAGUUUUGAAAUAUAAAAUAACUGCCCAAUUACUACUGGUCCCCUUUUAAUGUACAUGGCAUCAUUGGAUACUGAUCUGGUCCUUUGAGUGUGCACCUUUGAAGUGCUGACAAACAUCUCUUGUAGAUACUGAGGGCACAAUGCAUGCUUGAUUUUGUACAUUAACACGGCAGUUUGUAGUUCAAUGAUAUAAUGAAAUGGCAGCCAAUCAAGGCUGAUAAACAGAGGUUUGCUGUGAGUCUGAUUACUGCAAGACAGUACUGUGCGUGCAUGACGCUUUUGUAGUUUCACGAGCAAAUUCAUUUGACCCUUAUUAAGAUUAUGUAAUAAUAGUGCGAAGUACUCAAGAUGGCUCAUUACAAUUGGCAUCAUACUGUCAGUUGGAACGUAUGGUUUUAUGCGUCGCAAUAUUGAAAUGCCACAAUUGAGCUUUUUGCUUAGAUCUUUGAUAUGCAGGUCGUAAGAUAGAUGAUCAUCAACAAUGAAGCCUAAGCAGUUGUAGUUAUGAGCAUAUUCGACAUUUUGAUAUAUUCAAUGCUCAUUUGGCAACAACCAUCCACAAACAAAGCAAGUGAACCUGAGGCUUUCAUCUAUGGUAAUCUCCAGUUUUGGAAUUGCAUAUUCUUUUAAAUAAAGCAUCAAUGAUGCAAGGUUAUCUCUUAAUUGAAAUUGCCGCAACAUCAAUUUUAGCAAUUUUAGCAACUUGGAUCGCAAGCACAAUUCUUUAAAGUUUCUGUAACAAGGUCUUAUUGUUACCGCAACAUCAAUUUCUUUUUUGAACAUCCUCCUUUCUAAAGUUACAGAUUGAUGUGAUUUGGUUGGUGGACAGUUGAUAGGAACAGCACCAAAUCGUAGUGCCUUUUUUCUUGGUUUUAUAAAAAAAGGGGAAACUUUGAAAUUUGAAAAUUUAACAAAUAAAAAUUCCACAUAAGCUUCUAGUCUAGAGGUUACAUAAAACUUUCAACAAAAAAUUUUAAAUGUGCUUUUCCAAGAAUCGUAGCUGGUUCACUGACCAAAAAGCAAGCUCUUGGUCUAUCUACAUCCUCUCUUUCUAUUCUCAAUUCAAAAUAUCCCGUUCUGGAUGGUAAUGUUAUCUAAAAUUCGCAUUUUUAUAUAUUUUUCUAUAUGUACCCCCUAAGUUUCUAUGAAAAAUCUGAAUUCAGCCUUUCUUUCCAUUCUCAAUUCUAAAUGUCCAAGUCUUGAUCCAAAUCUUAUCUAAAACUCGCAUUAUAUGUAUUUUUCUACAUGUACCCCCUAAGAUCCUAUAAAAUAUCUGAAUUGAGCCUCUCUUUCUAUUCUCAAUUCGAAAUAUCCCGUUCUGGAUAGAAAUCUAAUCUAAAACUCGAAUUAUACGUAUUUUUCUACACGUACCCCCUAAGAUCCUAUAAAAUAUCUGAAUUGAGCCUCUUUUUCUUCUCUCAAUUCGAAAUAUCCCGUUCUGGAUAGAAAUCUAAUCUCAAAUUCGCAUUAUAUGUUUUUUUCUAUAUGUAACCCCUGAGAUUCUAUGAAAAAUCUAAAUUAAGCCUCUCUUUCCAUUCUUAAUUCAAAAUAUCCCAUUCUGGAUAGAAAUCUUAUAUCAAACUCGCAUUAAAUAUAUUUUUCUACAUGUACCCCCUGAGAUCCUAUAAAUAUCUGAAUUCAGCCUCUCUUUCUAUUCUCAAUUCGAAAUAUCCCGUUCUGGAUGGUAAUGUUAUCUAAAAUUCGCAUUUUUAUAUAUUUUUCUCUAUGUACCCUCUUAGACUAUGCCUCUAAGUCUAACAGUUUGUUAGUCAACGAAUAACUUCAUAGGCAAUCAGUCUCAAAUGUUUAAUAUAAAGAAUGUAGAAAAGCUAAGAAUAACAAUGAUAACAAAGCACUCACGACCUUUAGCUUGCUUGCUUUAGUGUUGGCGACUUGUGGCGUCUUUGAACUAAACACUUCAAAUGGCAACAGGACAACAGCAACGUCUUUCAAGAGACACACGCUUCGACUUUCAUCGGGAAACGGCGGCCACGAUUCUUUUGGCAAGGCAAGAACGCCCACAGUAAAAAGCCUCCUACUCUAAAACAAGCAAGCUACUUUAUACCCUUUCUAAAAUACAGCUAGCCAAUAAUAAAACAGAACAUGAUAACAGCCAAUUAGAUACUAGAACAGAACAAUAGUUAAAAAGCAUAAAAGUUGAUAAAACGAUGUUCACGCUGAUACCCACGUGGACCAGCACCUGAUAGAAGUUUGAUCUUGGUACCGUAACAUACCUCCCCCCUUAAGUUCAAACCUCCUUGGUUGUGAGAGCAACGUAGUUCUUAAUCUCCAACGGAGUAUGUGUCUCUUCCGGGCGCAUUAAAGCCGGUUCUUCUGGUAUCAGACCAGUGUCGAAACUAUCGUAAAGCAAAUCAUUGUCAGGGAGGUAGUUAGAAUUGUCAAAAUCUGCGCGUGGCUCGAGUGGACGAUCGUUCAGAUCGUAAUACGGCUUUAAUCUAUUGGCGUGAACUGGAACCGAUACCGGACGGUUAUAGAGAGUUCGCAAACGAAAGUGGACCGGAGAAAGCUUUGCGACAAUACACUACGGACCGUGAUAGUUGUGCAAUAAUUUUUUCGAUAAGCCUUUCUUGCUUUUAGGGGUAAACACCCAUACUUUGUCUCCGAUAUCGUAAAGAACGAACUGGUUGACUGUUACGAUCGUAGUAUUCUUUAAUUUUUCGUUGAGCCAACUGCGUCUUAGAAGAAACGAUACGCUGCGCAUUCUCCAAAUUUGUAAGGAUGCGUGCACGAUGCUCAGCAACAGACAACGAAAGAUGAGCGGAGGGCGAUAGAUAACAAGGCAGCAUCUACAGGUAAACAAGGCUCACGACCGUACAGUAAGUAGAAAGGCGACUCACCAGUAGAAGCAUGAGGCGAAACACGAUAUGCGAAGAGAACCAUGGGGAUAUGACGAUCCCAAUCCUUUUGAUGACUGCUGACAUACAUUGAUAAGCCUUCAGCAAGAGUUCCAUUGAAUCGUUUGACAAGGCCAUCAGUCUGCGGAUGGUACGUGGUAGUGUUCAAUUUGCGCGUGUUCAUUAUUUUACAAACCUCGUUGACAAUAGACGACAGAAAAUAAGAUCCACGAUCAGAAAGUAGAGUGCGAGGUGCACUAUGCCGAGCGAGUAUUUCGUCAAUUAAUAGUUGAGCAAUUCGUGGAGCUUCUGUAGAGGGUAGGGCAAAUGUCUCAGGCCAACGUGUGUAAUAGCCCGAAAAAACGGUAAUGUAACGGUUUCCAUCUUCUGAAACAGGAAACGGGGCUAAAAUGUCCAUAGCAACACGAUCGAAAGCACCUUCAAUCGGAAUAGGCAGUAACGGAGCCUUGCGUUUAUUUCGCUGACUUAUCUUCAUUGCGCAAUCUACACAAGAACGACACCAGUGUUCAAUAUCUUUGUACAUUCCUGGCCAGUAAUAUCUCAAACGAACCUUUUCGUCGGUUUUCUCCGAGCCAAGGUGUCCGGCAGUUGGGUUAUCAUGAAGUGAAACAAGAAUUUCAUGACGAAGAGACGCAGGAAUGACGACCUGAGUACAUAGAGACGCUUUCCAGGGGUCCAUAGAUGACAAAGGAUCCCAUAUUCAUCCAAAUAAAAAGAAUCGAUAGACAGCAAUAACGCGCAAGCUUUAGUGUCACUACUUGGCAAUUCCGACUUUUCUAAAUACUGAAUUAUGUCAGCAAGAUCUUUGUCUUGUCGCUGUAAUUUUUGCAAGGUAGAUGGUGGUGGGCAAGGAUGGUCGACAACGGCUACUGGUAAAUCGAGAGAGGAAACUUCAUGAGCAGAAGGAGAUGCAGAAUAGAUGCGAUGAGAAAGUGCGUCUGCAUUACCGUUAGCAACACCAGGGCGAUGAAUAAUUUCAAAAUUAUACUGUUGCUAGCGUAAGGUCCAAUGUGCAAGGCGGCCAGUAGGGUCUUUGACACGCAUUAACCAAUAUAAACUGCCAUGAUCGGUAUGAACAAAGAACUUUUUUCCAGAAAAAUAAGGCUCAUACGUUUUUAUGCCAUCCACAACAGCUAAGGCUUCACGCUCAGUAGUGCUAUAGCGAGUUUCAGCAGAGCUCAAUUCACGACCACCAUAUGCUAUCACGUGCUCUUCACCAUCGACUAUCUGUCCUGAAAUAUAGCCUAACGCUGAAUGGCUUGCAUCCGUGAACAGAUGAAAAGGCAAAUUAAAGUCUGGAUAGGCCAGAAUCGAAGGAGAACACAAACGGUUCUUUAAUGUUUGAAAAGCAGACUGGCACUCAGGUGUCCAAGCAAACACAACAUCCUUGCGAGUUAAACGAUUCAAAGGUGAAGCAAUUUUCGAAAAACCUUCAACAAAACGUCUGUAGUAAUUACAAAGGCCGAGGAAACUACGAACCUCCUUUACUGAUUCUGGAACUGGAAACGAUUUAACAACUUCAAUCUUGCUGGAAUCAGGUGAAAUUCCUUUUGAUGAAACCACAAAACCGAGAAAGUCAACAGACUGACUGGCGAAACGACACUUCGAGGGUUUGAGUUUCAAGUUCUCAUCACGCAAACGAUUAAAUACGAGACGUAAGCGUGCGAGAUGUUCUUCAUAAGAUGGCGAAAAGAUGAUAAUAUCGUCUAUGUAUAUUGAGCAAAUUUUCCAAUCGAGGCCAUGUAACACAUUGCUCAUUAGACGUUGAAAGUUCGGCGGGGCGUUCGUUAGACCAAAACUUAACACAUUAAAUUCGUACAAGCCGGAAUGCGCAAUAAAGGCAGUUUUCUCUUUAGAAUCAUCGUGCAUGUCAACUUGAUGAUAUCCAGAUUGCAAAUCAAGAGUUGAAAAGUAUCGGGAACCAGAAAGAGCAUCAAGGGCAUCAUCAAUUCUAGGCAAAGGAUAGCUAUCUUUACGAGUGACAGCGUUAAGUUUUUGAUAAUUCAUACAAAAUCCAGUUGUACCGUCCUUCUUUUUUACUAAAACAACAGGAGAGCUCCAAGGACUACAAGAAACACUGAUUAUUUUCUGCUCAAGCAUAUUCGA